GUGCGCGUGGAGACGAGGAGGGAGAGCGAGCGGCGCGCCGCGGCUUUAUCCUCGUCCUAUGCGGAUUUCUCCGCUGACCGCUUGGCCGAGCGGCUCUCAUCCCACGUCGGGCCGGGACCUAGACGCUGACAUCCCCGUUUAAAAGGUCCCCCGGGCGCGAAGUGUCCAGUUCUCUCUGACGGUUGUCACGUUUAUGUGAGGGCCGGAUAAUCGUGUUACGCUGCCUAGCCGAUCCCAGCGGAGGGGACAUUAUCGACGUUGAGGAGGACAGGGGAGAGGCGAGGAUGCUCGCUGCAGCAGGGGACAGAUGAGCGAUGGCGAAAGGUAAACCGCAAACAGAAGACGUGAUCGUAGAUGUAGUUGCCGGUCAUCUGCGGUGUAGUUCUCACAUUCUGAGUGGGGAUGUGUAAGCUCGGAGCCGCAGCACACACAGACAACUCCAGCAGUAGUUGGCCUACACAUGGCAAAGCGCACAGCGCAUCCGCCGCAAGAGGGGGCGUGUGUGCGUGAAGGAGACCGUGAGGGGGCGGAGGUGGACACUCCAGGUAACUACAUUAUUCAGCACCAUCAUGGACGCCCGCUAGUUUGACCACUGCCUAAAUAUGCUCAACACCUGUCCCCACAGCACGCAUGCGCAGCGGAGAACGUGGACGCCGUCCUUACGUCUAUUCUUUGUUUCAGCAAUCUUACGCUUCGAGAGUUAUAAUAGGAAACGCAGGCUGAUUGGUUAAUUAAAUUAGUUUUUUAUUCAAUGAUUUGUAUUCAAAAAACGAAUCUAUCCUCAUAAAGACCCGAUCAUCGUGACUGACAGUUUCUGAGUUGCUCCAUGUUGUCUUAGUGAAUCGACUGCUCAUCCAGAGUUGUUUAACUCAUACAACAAACUUACUUGUACCAGUAGAUCAUUCAGAGCCUGUACUAAUGAAUUAUAAAAUGUUCCUAUAUAUAUAUUUAAACCAAGAUUGUGGGUUCUAUAUUAUUAUCUAUAAUCACAGAGCAGCUUCACAGUUUGUACCUGCAUCUCUUUUGUGCCGUUCUCAGACACUGUGAAGCUAAUACUGUUUCGGAAAUGUGUUUGCAGUCAACAAUAGAGUUACAGCAGGCAGGAGAAGGUAGAGAGUCCAGGUAUGCUGGGGAUUUUUCUGUGCCCAUGAUGAAGGUAAAAGGUAGGUGAGUAGCAAACACCGGAUGUCUUCCUAAAGUUCUUCCUUCUUUUUCUUAUUGUUUCUGCUGACAGGACUACACGCCUACAUUAUAGCAUGAGUGACCAAUCAGCAGCACACGCUUGUUCCCUCAUAAGGCCUCACACAGUAGCCAGCAGCAGCUUGGUCCAACCGUUGUGCGUGUAUUUACUCUAUGUAGAUGAGUGUGCAGAAAGGUGAUACAGAUUAAAUCUGCUGAGCUUGAUUUUCCUCCAUAUGCCCUUUAGGCUCUCUCUCUCCCUCUAACACUAAUGCAUUGUGUUUCACCCUUCUUAUUUUCUGUGUGUGUCCCUCCUGUGUGCAUCUCAUGUCCUCUCCACUUUUGCUGAUGUUUGCUUUCCAGCUGGAUGAGCCUCCCAUGAUGGUAGUUUCAACAUAAGAAAAAUAAACCUUACUGAGGUCACUGCGAUGAGUUAGGCUGUGUGCCUGUGAGGGUUUCCAGACUACAUGAGAAGUAAUACAAGCCUUUAAUGACUGAUCCCCCUGUGUCCUCUCAGAAGUAUGAAUUUAGAAGAGAAAAUGGGUUGUGUGUCUGUGUGCACACACAGCUGCAUGUGUGUUGGCCUGAAUUUAAUAAGCUUCCAAAGAAGAUUCAUCAGACAUCUGAGCUUUUGCGUGACCUACUUCCUUCUGAGCAUGCACCAACUGUGGGCCAGUCAUUCAGUAGCUGUCAUCAGCCGUUGUUUUUAAGACAUAUAAAGAAAAAACUGAGAAUGAGAGGAGCCUUUACUUUGUCCCACUUACAUGUAGUUCUAGAGAUAUUCUUGGUGCCCAGAGGAUGAACCCUCUUAAUAGGAUGGUGCUUGGGUGACUGAACUUACAUUAAGCACGGAAAACCAAUAAUUUUGUAAUAAUGUGACUUCAGUCUUCUUCUACUUUAGUUAGUAUGUUGAUAGUUUGAUUUUGACUCUGUAUUAUUACACAAAUUCUAUACAAAAAUAUUGAGUGAACAUUACACAUCAGCACAAUGUUGUUCUAAAUGUAAAAUAAAUCUAUGACAGCACUUCCAUAAGAUUAAUUUCCAUGGAUCCCAAAAGGUUAAAAAAUAAGAAAAUUAACCCAUUUAACAUUAUUUUAUUAGUGCCAGUUACAAAAUGCUAAAAUGUCAAAUGUUGACUGAAUAUCCAGUGUCUAAUAACUGGCCAAGAAUAACACAUGGCUUUUAUUUCUUCACCUCCUUCAUACAGCGGUGUUUUGUAACUCCUGACAGAGAAGAGGAGACGUCAUUGCCCCAGUCAUCCACCUUGUUCACCCGUUGAGUGUUUGUAUUCCACUUCCACGUCCCUCCACAUCUCCAUCACCCGUCACCAUGACAACCUCAGCCUUGCGGCGGCAGGUGAAGAAUAUUGUACACAACUAUUCAGAAGCAGAAAUCAAGGUCCGUGAGGCUACCUCAAAUGAUCCUUGGGGCCCGUCUUCAUCCCUUAUGUCGGAGAUCGCCGACCUGACCUUCAACGUGGUGGCGUUUGCAGAGGUCAUGGGCAUGGUGUGGAAGCGCCUCAACGACAGUGGCAAGAACUGGAGACAUGUGUAUAAGGCCCUGACUCUACUGGAUUACCUGCUGAAGACGGGUUCAGAGAGAGUCGCCCAGCAGUGUCGGGAAAACGCAUUCACCAUUCAGACGCUGCGUGACUUCCAGUAUAUAGACCGUGAUGGCAGAGACCAGGGCGCCAACGUCAGAGAGAAAGCGAGGCAACUGGUGUGUCUCCUCCGGGACGAGGAGAGGCUGCGUCAGGAGAGGAGUCAAGCCCUAAAGACCAAGGAACGUAUGGCCGGGGGAGGCAGUGGGGGAGGCGGGGGUGUGUACGGCGGUAUCCCCCCUUCUUACCACCCUGGCAGGCGGACCAGUCAGCCCAGCAUGGCCGUGCUGUACGGGGAGGAGUUCAGCCGCUCCAGGGGCUCUCCCUGCUCCUUCAACUCCUCGUCCUCGUCUCCGCACGCCGCCUCAGACUUGGAGCAGGCUCGACCUCAGACCAGUGGUGAGGAGGAGCUGCAGCUCCAGCUGGCAUUAGCCAUGAGCAGGGAGGAGAGCCAGAAGGAGCAGCGCUGUCGCCAAGGAGACGAGUCUCUGUUGCAGAAGGCCCUGGAUGAGAGCCGCAGAGAGAGCCAGUCGGGCACGCGAGAGUCAGCCAUGUUGGACCUCGUCGACAUAUUUGGAUCCUCAUCUGAGCCCCCGCCUUCCUCUACCGACCCCUGGAACUCAGUUCAGACCAACAGUGAUAUGAACUCUGACACGUGGGAUGCUGUCGCCGUCCACUCCAGCACGCCUGUGGUUGGCAGCCCAUGGGCGACCCCUCAGCCCCCCAACACAUCCAACCCUUGGGCUCCAUGUACCAAACCACACACAGAUCCCUGGGAACCAGUGCCUGUCUCCUCCAGUCCUGUCAACCAUGAAUGGGACAGUCCGACGGACCCCACAACAGGUUGUGAAGUGGCAGAUCUAUUCAUGGCACAGGACAUGGAGAAGCCUAAACAGGAUGUUCCGCAGGUGUCGUCUCCUCAGCCUGCCAGCCCCACAGAUGCAGAAGUGUUUGGCAUAAAGACAGAAUCGGACCCAUUUUCUGGACCCGAAUCUAAGGCCGAUGUGUUUGGGACGGAGCCAGUGAAACCCCAGGUAAACGGGCGAGAGUCCACUAGCCCCGAGAUGUUCGACCUGUCCCACCUGGCGCCACCGCUGAGCGCCCCGCCCGCCCGCGUGUGCCGGACCCCGGAGGCCUUUCUGGGACCUACAGGGGCCUCGCUGGUGAAUCUAGACGCUCUGAUACCCACCAACCCCCCCAGCAAAAUGCACAACAACCCCUUCCUCUCAGGUUUGAGCGCUCCGUCUCCCACCAACCCCUUCCACUGCGACCAGCCUCGUCUCACCCUCAACCAGAUGCGACCUUCCUCCACUUCCCCGCUGCCGCCCCACAUGCUGUCCUACAGCCCGUCCCUGCCGCUCCCUCUGCCUCACCAGACACCCACCCUCCCUUCGUCCCUCACACAACCUCCUGCUGGACUCCUAGACCUACCGUCCAACCUACCGCAGCCCCUGAUUCCACUUUGUCCUAGGCCAGCAGCCCGCACUCAGUCGCAGACACACACGCACAGCCACAACCCUUUUCUCUGAGCCUCCUGCUUCCCUCAGUCCCUGGUCUGUGUGGGGAGGCGACACAAAGGACUCUUGGAUUAAUGGAGUAAUCUAUGCCCAAUACAGUGAGACUGAUUUAAACUGGAUCCUGGUCUGAUGUCAUUGUGCGCAUGCUCAGGUUUGCGCGCACACACACACACACACACACACACACACACACACACACACACACACACACACACACGGGUAAACCUGGACUGAAUGUAUUGUGUUCAGCUGCUAUAUAACCUGACCUGCAGACACUCACAUGCACUUCAGGGUGCACAGAGACACAUGCACGCACCACCAGACUAACAGGGUGUAUUUCAGCAGUCCCCUUGAGGCCUUUUCCCAAUCAGCAGCAACCAGCCUGAGCACCCUUUGAUUACACAGACAGAACUGUUUCUCUGGAAGAUUGGGAUAAAGCCACUCACCUUGAUUGUUAACCAAGAAUCACCAGGAUCCUUACCGCUGCUGCUUCACCGACGAAAGCAUGAAUGCACCCCCCCGAUGCUCCAAAAUAUUUUAUCCUCUGGGCACCUGACAGGAGUCCUUCGAAUAAAGGCUCUUUUUCUGAUGAGUCAACCAGUCUUUUUGAGCUUUCUUGGCACAACUGGAUCACUGAAAAGCAGCCCGACACCAUGUUUAUCUCUGCAGCUUUCAGUUUGGACUUGUGACAAUUUGGAUCGGUGAUGCUGUAAACAAACAUUCCAAACUCAGUGAGACAAAACGUAAUGUUUGUGUUAAUGAUGAACUAACAGCAGGUUGUUUGUUUGAAUAUUCAUCUACCAUCCAACCGCUUAAAGUAAGACCUUGCUAACUUGGGAAGGGCGAGUGCACAGCUUUCGUCUGCCCUCUGUGUGACAUCAGCAUCUGUGACCCGUCAGACCUGUAGCAGUGCAACAAGACGCUCACCUUCAGGUGACCUUACAGUAAAUGCAUAGUGCAUGCACUUAUUUAAUUGGUUUGAGGACUGAUCAUCCACAAAAGACCUGUUUUACCACUGAGGAGUGAAUGCGACCAAACCGAAUAAACAAUUAUUGGCACAGAAGUGAACACACUCUACAGCAGAAGGUACAGAGUUUAUAGGUGUCAGGCCAGUCUGAUAAACUGUCCCUAAAUCAAUCUGACCCGUGCAGUAAUCGACUUGAUUACUUUAUUCAUAUAUAUUACAUUAUAUCUUUUGUUACAAGUUUCUAAUUUUAAACUUUUAAACUACCUAGAGAUUUUAUAAAAGAUUUCAAAUUAGUCAGAAGUAGAUUCAUUAAAAAGUUAUCAAAUUCUGUGUAGUUAUCAUUCAAGGAAACGUACAACACUGUUCAAGAACCAGUUGACUCAGGUAUUGCUUUGUACAUGUUCAUGAUUACAUUGUGUUGUUACCUCGCAAGUUUAGUAACAUUUGUUCUUACUUGCUGUAAGUCAAGUCAAAUGGCGGCAGAUGAAUCUGGAUAAAUUGGAUAAUUGGACUGAUUCGCCCUGAGAAGCUGGACCUAGACUGACUAAUGAUUGCACCUGCUUCUCUCUAGUAGCUGGUUCGACUGGCACCACUGGGGAGGACCUCAGGGAGACCACUCGGUUCCUCCUCCAGUGACAUUCAACCUGAACAGAAUCAUAUUUACUUCAUUAAAAAUGACAAGCAGAUAAAGACUUUAUUCAGACCUGAGCAUCAAAGCAAGACACGAACAGAGGAGAUGAAGGAGGAGAGAAGUGAAUGGAGCACUCAGAGAGAUAAGAUGAAACAGUUAUGAAUGGUAAACUGGAGAGCUGGCCAGUGGUGCGUCUCCUCUUUAGCUCUUUCUUUUAUCUAGGAAGAAAGAGAAAAUGAGAUGUCACCAAAUGUUUGUUCAUCGCUGCACUGAAACUGAACUUGAAUGUAAAAUGCCUACCUACAUACACACAGGCACAUAUGUAUUAACAGAGAGACACCUAUACACUAUUAUAAAAUACAAUACCAAUAAAAAGGUGAUUGCAUUGUAAUUUA